UCAUUUUGAGUAAACAUUAAGGCUAUGUUAAUUGCACACGCAAACUUAUUGGCAUCUAUUGGCAAGCAAUGUAAAUGUAUAGCUAGCCCUGGAAGUUCCUAUUGGAAAGUACAUAGUUUAUUGACAUUAAGGUCACAAAUAGACGGGAGAGUGUUUCCAAUUUUUGUCAGAAGCUUAUUAAAAACACUCACUGAACGCGGCGCCAAAUUAACAUACGGAAAAAAGCAAACAUUGGGUAGAGAUGAGCUUAGUAGGAAAAGCCGAGACGUCAGGAGCCACCGAGGCUUAUGGACACAACAAAGAACAUCUAGCUUGGUUUUACCUUUACCUUCAGAUUGCUUAUUUUAUGGUUUUGGAACGGUGGAUUGAUCUUUCCUUAAUACAAUAAAGUGUUAACCUUUAUCUACGAAGGAUCACUUUUUUCUCUGAGGAUUGGGAAUUUCAUUUGAAGAUGAAUAAUUCUACUGGCGCCUUGGGGUCCCAGGCGCUAACACCCCUGGCGGAGCUGGUGCUAUGGUGCAUUGCAUACAUCACCAUCGACGCGUGUAUUCUAAUCGGCAACAUCCUCACCCUCAUCGUCUUUCAUCUCAAUAAGCGUCUUCUGCGCACACGCGCCAACUAUUUCCUGGUAAACCUUGCUGUAGCUGAUCUCCUGGUUGGGCUGAUUGCAGUGCCCAUGUUCACCUAUUAUCUUGGGAUAUCUGGCGAAUACGGCGGCGUGGUAUGGAACAGGUACCCUUUCAAGAUCAGCAAAGUGCUGGAUAUCUUCUUUGGCUGCGCGUCUGUGUUUACCAUUACUAUCAUAGCCAUUGAGCGCGUCUGUUCGGUAUGCAUACCUCAUAUACACCGGGGUGUUGGAUCCACGGCUUACUUCGUGGUUAUAGUGCUUGUAUGGAUGGCGUCUGCUUUUGUCAGCUUGUUGAAUCUUUUGACCGUGCACAAGAUGAUCCCGUUCAAUGCGUUCUUCUACACGCUGCUCGUGUUGCUGUGUGGCUCUAUCCUCAUCAUUAGCGUCUCCUACCCCGUCAUCGGAGUUCGCAUGAAAUUCCGCUUCGCCAAUGUAGAUCACCACAGGAAGACCAAUGACCAAGACCGCCGCCUCGUCUUGAUGCUCUUCUUGGUGACGUCAUUGUUCAUUCUGACUUGGCUACCGUUCCACGUGUUGAACACUGUGACGUUUUUCUGCAUGUCUUGCCGGUUUAUCCCGUAUGAAGUGCCAUACUUCAUCAAGCUUUUGCACUAUGGCAAUUCACUAAUCAACCCUGUCAUUUAUUCGUAUCUCGUGCCGGAGUUUAAAAAGACGAUAUCACAGUUAUUCAAACAGAAAAAUGCUUCACAGUGCUCCCAGGCACUAUAUGUCUCAACGUAUUGAGGACUUCAGGUACUUUAUUUCGCGAGUGCUUAAAAGUAUUGAGAGCUUCAGGUACUAAAUGUCUCGAGUGCUUCAUAUGAUCGAAGAAUUCGGGCACUAAUGUCUCGAGUGCUUGAAAGGAUUGAGGACUUCACCCACUAUAUGUUUAUAGUACUUCUCAAAGAAUUGAUGACUUCAGGUACUAAAGGUCUCGAGUGAUUCAUAUGAUCGAGGACUUCGGGCACUAAUGUAUUGAGUGCUUCAAAGUAUUGAGAACUUGUGAAGUAUUUUAAUUUAAAAGUACUUUAAGAACUUAACUCGAGUGCUUCAAAGGACUGAGGACUUUAAGGUGAAAUGAAUAAAAUGUAAGUAAAAUGAAUAAAAUGUAUGUAAGUAUGUAUACGUAGUAGCGACAGCACGUAGAACAUGUACUGAGAGGAUUAAGAGCAAGUCACUUAAAUCCAAGGCAUAUAACACUGAAUACUUAUAAAAACGGAAUGCGAAGAUAUAUAGGGGAGCUCAAGAAAUACAUCUCAACAACAAUAAACAGUCGUAUGCCACGAAAUUCUAGACUCACGUUUAAAAAAAAACAGGCCCUAUAUAGAGUAGAUGUAGAGGCACCGUUAUGUCAUUUGCGCCUGGCAGACUUUAACAAUCACAUAAUCAAAACCAACUAGAAUUUUAUUUUAUCGGGUGACUUAACUCUUUUGCUGUGAAUGUGGUUGGGGUUUGACCAUACAUAGCAGCAUAGUAAGAUUUAAUACUAAUCUAAUAACAAAAUAAAUGACCGAGAAAGCUUA